AAAUGUCAACUCGCCGCUGUGGUUUGAGCCGCAGAGGUGGCCAGCUGAACUCUGUGGUUUGUUUCUUCAUUGGCACCAUACUUGUUUGGGAUUCUGACAGGACGUUUGUACCCCAGAAUCUCACUGCCGAGACGCAGAGGGUUUUUGUGGAUGGCGACUGCGUGCCGAAGCCGUUCUUUGCUUGGUUGAGGCAGUUGUCGCGACAGUCACCUGUGGCAGCUAUCGUGGCAUUUAAAGGCAAGACCUCGAAUGGAGACAAGGCUUUGAGCCAGGAAGCAUAUCUACGCGAGAAUUUGCUCAAAGCUGGCAUCGAUGAUUCCCUUCUUUUGCUACAACCAAGUGUGACAGGAGCAGAGAGACUUGGUUUUUUUACUUGGAAUGCGGCAGACGUUGUUUUGACCUUUCUCUUUGCGCGCUAUGGAGGCUUGAAGAACUACAUAGUUUCAGAUGACCGGCAGUGGUUCAAGGAAGUGGUCAAGUCUCGCCCGGGAACCAUUUGGAUCACUGGAGAUCGCUUCCGCGUGCCAUGA